CGUGGGGGGGAAAAACCAACGACUACGCGCCUCCAUCGGGAAGGAAAGUGUACCGGUAAACCUUCCCCUUCAUGGACUUGAAUGUUCUCCGGUUCUCUCUGCUCGGUUCGUGUAACGAUCCUGGUGCAGCCGCUCGUGUUCAUAUCCGAAGCAUGUGUAUGCACGUUCGGUUCGUUCGCAUACCGGCGUACGUUCCGAUUCCGCCCCAGUGUAUCCUGACGUAGCGUAGCGCGCGGAUGCUUUUACGUGAACGUGCGGCCGUGCGCCAGUUUUGGUCCAGUUGACGGGUGGUAUAAUCACGUGCCCGAGAUUCUCGUGGGAUAGUGAUUCCGGGGUUUUACGACAGCCGAGAAAUAUUAAUCUCGUCCAACCGAACCAAACAAAAAAAGAAAGAAAGAUAUUUUCAAACUACCAAACUUCCAACAGCUUACAUCUUUAAAUAUUCACACCAGCCCAAGCGUGGACGGCCCUCAUAUGUGUGUGUGUGCAUAAAUCGGGACGAAGAUGUGAAGUGUGAGCCGUGAAAGAACGGAGACGGAGAAGAAACGCGUGAAGCCAAGUGAAAAGUGUAUUUCCCGUGCAAUCAACAUUUUAAUGUCCACUCCAAAAAACCAAUGCACACCAAUGAGACUGAAGGGAAGCAGCACCCCGGCGGGAAGGGCAUGCAUUUGUUUCGGUGCAUUACGCGGAUGAAUAAAGCGCGCGCUAGCCACAGUUCACGCAUCGGCGAGCAGUGCUGAAAGUGGCGCCUGGGCACGGGUGGAACGCUGUUGAGUGAGUUGGUUCAGGGAAAGUUACGCCACGAUGGAGCAUGCCGGAGCGCGCUGUAGAUGCAGCUGAGGCACUCUGAACGUACUGGUGCUGGUAAACCUCCUUUUAGCGAUUGCGAUACGAUGUGCACGGAUCGGUAAGGACGCUUAGGUGAAGUGUUUCGCCCGCAACAAUGGGCGCUGGUGCAUUUGCAAUAAGUACGUGCAGCAAGUGAGUGAGUGAGUGAGUGAAUGAACGAGCGUUUGGUGCAAAAGUGAAGCACGGUUUAAUGCUAACCAAAGUGGUAGUGACUCAUCAUCAUCCCUUCCUUGUGUGGUGGUGCUAGUGAGAAGUUUUUAAGAGUGCGAAAUAAAAUCAAACAAAACGUGCGAAAGCAGGGAGAAGAGAAGGAUUCAGAGGGAUUAAGAAGGACCGUUUUGAGCGUUGCGCAUUAGCGUGGUGUGUGUUUGUGUGUCUAUGUGUGUAAGCUAGCGGUGGUAGCGGUCCCAAGAAACAGUGAGUUAGAACGUAAAAAUAAAAACACCGAACAAACCGAAUGCAGCAGUAAGCAGCAGCAGCAGCAGCAGCAGCAGCAGCAAUUGAGCGCCACCGCGAUGGGAUACAUAAAUCUGCUGGAACUAAAGCUUUUGUUAAAUAUAUCAUUAGUCGUGCUGCUGGUAAACGGACAUGGCACUCAGACGGAGGCACAGCCGGAGUUUCUGGCACCGCUGGACAAUCUUACGGUGACGCAAGGCCGUGACGUUUCGUUCACUUGCGUCGUCAACAAUCUCGGCCAAUACAGGGUUGCUUGGAUAAAGUCCGACUCGAAGGCGAUACUUGCCAUCCACACGCACAUGGUCGCCCUGAACCCGCGCCUAUCCGUCACCCACAACGGGCACAACACGUGGAAGCUGCACAUCUCGCACGUGCAGCUCAACGACUCCGGCAGCUACAUGUGCCAGGUGAACACGGAUCCGAUGCGACAUCAGUCGGGCAACCUGGACGUGGUCGUGCCGCCGGACAUACUGAACGAGAACGAGCCCAACACGCUCGAGGGCGGCGUAGCGAACGAAGGUGGCAACGUGCAGCUGGUCUGCCAGGCGACGGGCGUACCGGAGCCGGCCGUACAGUGGAGGCGCGAGAAUGGAAAGGACAUCGUCGUACGGACGGAGGGCCGCGAAAAACAGGUCGUAAAAUUCGUCGAGGGCGAACGGCUCGUCCUGAAUCAGGUGCAGCGAACCGACAUGGGCGGAUAUCUGUGCAUCGCGUCGAACGGUGUACCACCCUCCGUCAGCAAACGGUUCGAUGUGCAAGUUAACUUUCCGCCGAAUGUGAAAGCAGGAAACCAGCUUGUAGCUGCACCGGUUGAAAGUCAUGUGCUGCUGCAAUGUAUCGUGGAAGCAUUCCCGACCCCACUGAACGGUUGGCACAAACAUGACGGCAUGAAGCUUUACGAGGGUGAAAAGUACACCAUCAGCGAGGAAAAGCUCAACGCCUACACCUGGCAGCUGAACCUGACCGUGAAAAACCUGCACAAGGGUGACUUUGGGCCGUACAUUUGCUCAAGCAUCAACGCGCUCGGGAAGUCGGACGCGAGGAUACGUUUGCAAGAGCUACACCUACCACCGAAACCGACAACAACGCCAACACCCUACGUACCGUCGACAGUGAAGCAACCGCGCCGAAAGCAACACUACGGCACGCACGGCAAGGGACAUGACGCGGGCAAGGGCGCGAACACCUUCAACCGUGACACCUACAUCAUCAACCACAUCCAGGAGAACGACUAUCUCGGCAGCCUGAUAGUGCAUGAAGGUAACGGCCACGGACUGGUGGGCAUGAACGGUGCCACCAUGGGCACGGGCAAUGGGCUGGGCGGCCCGGGCGGCACGAACGGCGGCGGGCUGGAGAAGCCACGCAACACGCAAAUGCCGGCCCCGAUCCCGUCGCGCCAACCGCACUGGAUACUGAACAACAAAUCCCGCGCGAUGGACAUCUUCAGCCACCGGCGCACGGUCGCGUUCGUUAGCUGUUGUUUGCUAAUGAUUUAUAGUCUGUUGAUGUUGCUGACGUUUACAUGAAGCUGUGCCGUGGCAGCGCCCGCAAUGGUGGCACUCCCCGCCGACGCCACCGCAGAUCACAGGACGGCACAGCGUGUACAUUGCCGAUAAGUAGUAUGGACGAAAUUAGCCACAGCAGCAGCAGCAGCCGCGUUCGAGUACUCCUCAUCAAUCCCAUUUACGCCCGGCAGGGCCGUACCAUCCGCCAAACAAUAUGCAUAACAACACUUGCGCACCGCAAAGUGAAAGUUUGUACAACCGGACGUGACAGCAGCCGUGGCGAGGUGAGUGGUGAGCGGUGAACGAUGAUGGAGAUUUGAUGCAUUUCGAUGGUUCCGCAUCACCAGUUUGCGGUCACAGUGUGUUUGUGUGUGGGUGUGUGGUUGUGUGUUUAUGUGCGAAUGUGUGUGUGCGUGUGUGCAAGUUAGCGUGUGUGGGUGAUUAGCGUAAAUUAAAACAGCUGUUAAAUAAACUACUUAUAAUCAGUCACACACAACAGAGCCAUGGAAGCAGCAUCCACAAUGGGAGGAGGCCGUCUAACGUCCUGCCCAGAGCGGUAUGUAUGAGCGUAUCAAGCAAGUGUGUAUGGGCGUGUGUGUGUGUGUGUCUGUGCGUGUAAUACUAUUAACUACCGGAACAGGGAAACCGAGGCGUUGAAAAUUAAUCUGCCCCACUGUGCGGACAGAAAGUGUAUUCAGUUCGAGGGAGAUCAUUUGUUACAAUUAUAAGUGCACUUUGUAAUAAAGAAAAGAGGAAACAUAACUAAUGAAACAAAACAGGAGAACAUAUAAAGCAGGAAGCUUCCAAUGGAAGAACAGUGGGUGUUGGAAGUGAAGCGUAAAGAAUUAUCAAAGUUAGUGAAUGGUGUAACAAAGAUUUAUAAAACAAAACAGUGUCAAAAUGAGUAGUUAAACCAUGCAUAAGAGAGCUUGUACAAAACAUAAUGGAGAGAAGAGAGAGAGAGAGAGAGAGAGAGAGAGAGAGAGAGAGAGAGAGAGAGGGUAAAAUCUAAACAUCCACUCCAUGUUACUUACUGUGUAUAUAGUGUUAAUUGGAAGAGUUGUUGUUGAUUAUCAUUUGAACUAUUUAAUUUCCUUUUUUAUUCAUUGUUUUGUUUGUUGGUACCAAUAUAAGUUUCAAAUGGU